GUAUUUAAGUGACGUCACGCCGCAGCCUGUCAAAUACAUGACGUCACCGCGCUGGAAUACUUUCAAGGGCGGUGUCAGACGGGCUCGUUCGCUCGCUAGUAAAGUGACGUCCCCCUCCCUCCCUGGGUAAGAUGACGUCAUUAUAUAUUUUAACCGCUUCGAUGACGUCACCGUCGCGAGUUCGAGCGUCACGUCCCCCCCGCCAACCGUCGAGGGAAGCUGUCAGUCGCCUCGCGCCCGCACUUCCGCCCCGAUUCAAAUCUUAACGGUCCGAGCCGCCGCCGCUGCUGCCGCCUCGCUCAUUGGAGUGAAGGCGGAGCGCGCAAGAAACAACAACAUCAUUUACAACAACAACAUUUACACUGCUGCUGCUGCUGCUAUAACGACAGCGGAGGGUCAACCGUCCACGGGGCGAAGAUGGACGAGGCGGAGCGACGCGAGAACGAGGAGGCGCUCGCGCAGAUGAAUGCGCGCCUGCAGAAGCUGCACGAGAACAGGCGGGGAAUCGCGGCGGCGGCGGCGGCGGCGGCGGCCACGGCGAACCAGGAACCUAGCCUGGCACCGCGUGAUGGCGGAGGAGGUGGAAGUCGCGGCAGAGGUGGCCUCGGAGGUGCGGGCCUCGGAAGCGGUGGGAGAUCUGGAAUAGAUGAGCCUGCGAGGAGUGGAGGAGGACUCUUUGAAUUAAUGGGAGUACCGAUGCUGUGGAAACCACCUGGCGGAUCAGCGGGCGCUGGAGGGGUCGCGGGAUCCGGAGACUCCGCACCAGAGCCCGGAGAAUCGACACGAGAGCCCGGAGGAGUUCCGCCAGCGCCUGCAGCCGACGUCACGGGCGGCGACACCAGCAGCGCGACUCCACCGUGCCUCGGUCCAGCCGGACCCGACGAGUGGCUGCGCUUCCUGAACCGCGAGCGGCUGCGUUGGGAGGCGAGCGACCGCAGCUCCAAGGGCCUCUUCCGCCUCUGCCUCCUCUACGCCGAGUGCCUGGAGACCGUGGACGCGAGCACCACGGGCAGCGACCGGAGGAGCUACGCGGAGCUCCACGUGCAGUACGCGCAGCUGCGGGCGGCGCUGGACCCCGGCGAGGGCCGCGUGCAGUUCGACCACGCGCGCGUCGCCUGCCGCCGGGUGGCGCGCGUCCACGUGGCGGCGGCGCAGUUCGCGCUCGACCACGGGCCCGGGGUCGACAAGAGCGCGUCCAUCCUGCGCAAGGCGAGGGAGGCGGGCGCCGAGCCGCGCUCCCUCCUCGACGAGGCGUUCAGGAGGCUGCGCGCCGGCAACAAGAGGCUCAUCUCGCCGGCACACGACAAGGAGAACGUCGUCCCCGUCGUCCCCGUCGUCCCUGCCCCUGCCGCCGGGCUUGUCUCGCAGUUAGCCCCGCCGACUCCCGCGCAGGUGCAGGGCGAGGAGAAGAGCGAUGGCCGGAGAGCGGCGACGUGGGCCAGGCGAAUUGGCGGCGGCGGCGGCGGUGGCACCGAUGCCGCUGCCACCGUCGAGAUCAAGAUGCAGCAGCUGCAAAUCGGGACGUUGCUGCGAAACGCUGCGGACUUGCAAAGUAACGUGGCCACUCCGACGGUAUUACAAUCCAGAGAGAACUUGCUUGCGGCGAAAGCGGUGAGCCGCAACCUCCAGGUGACCGCCACUCCGUCUUCCGGCCACAACAACACCACCACCACCGCAGCAGCGGCAGCAGCUACUGCUGCCGCUGCUGCUCCUGCCGGCUUCGUCCCGAGCAGCGCCGUGGCUACGGCGGGCCACGGUGCCCGCCAGACGCCGCUUCGGAGCGCCGCGGUCGUGGACGGCUCGACCCUGGGCCGUGGCUGCGGCGGCGAGGACGGUGGCCGGCCUCAGCCUGCGGCGAGCGCGGCGCGCGGGGAGAAGCGAAGCUCCUGCCGCAGCCAAGACGAGGAGGAGGCGGCAGCGGCGGCGGCUCCGAUCCCAGGCGGCGGCGGAGGAGGAGCCGGUGAGGAGUCCGACGCGGGCAGCGCAAACGUCCGCGGGGAUCCGCGCCUCCGCCCGUCCGAUUGCAAACGCGGGCAGCAGGAGUCUGACGGACACCCGUCGGCCAAGCGGAUACAGAAACUUCCUCCGCACAGGCCGCCACCACCACCGCAGCAGCAGCAGCACGAGCAGCUACAGCAGCAGCAGCAGCAGCUCGCGCGACGUGUCGACGUUCCGCAGCCGCAGCCCGUGUGGACGGCUGAUCCUCAGCCCCGCCGGCUCGAGUCGGACCAGGCGAAGUUGCAGGACCCUCCGGGAGAACCUCUCAAGCAGCAGCAGCAGCAGAGGCUGCAGGAGGAGUUGGCGUGGAGGGAGGGCAAAGGGACCGUGACGGUGAAGGGGAGGCCCUACUGCCUGUUGAACUUGAUCGGCAAGGGCGGCGGCGGUAAGGUGUACUCGGCGCUCGACACGCAGCGGCGCGUCAUCCGCGCCGUGAAGUACGUGUCGAUGUCGGAGGGCACGGCCGAGAUGGCGGACGCCUACGACGAGGAGCUGAAACAUCUGAAGCGGUUGCAGCACCUGACCGACAAGAUCAUACAGCUGGUGGAGCACGAGGUCACGGAGCGGUGCACCUUGAUGGUGAUGGAGCUGGGCAGCGUGGACCUGCACACGUGGCUGCGCAAGACGGGGCGGCCCGCGGCGCACAAGCGGUGCUUCUUCUGGCACGAGAUGGUGCAGGUCGUGGCGGCCAUCCACAAGGAGGGCAUCGUCCACGGUGACCUCAAGCCGGCCAACUUCGUGUUCGUGGAGGGCAACAUCAAGCUGAUCGACUUCGGCAUCGCGAAGGCGUUGCGGGCCGACGUGACGAGCAACGUGAUGCAGGUGGCCGCGGGCACGCUCAACUACAUGGCGCCCGAGAUGUUCGGGACGGCGGCCAAGGUGGGGCCCAAGAGCGACGUGUGGGCCCUCGGCUGCAUCCUGUACCUCAUGACUUACGGAAGCCUGCCCUUCCACAAGUUCAGCUACUGGGAGAAGAUGAAGUUUAUCUGCGACCACACGUGGCCCAUCCCAUUCCCCGAGGUGGACGACGACGCCGAGUUGGUGGACGUUCUCAAGAGGUGCCUCGAGAGGGACAAAGAGCGGAGGAUGUCUGCGGUUGAGGUUCUGCAGCACCCGUACCUAAAGCCGCAGCGACGGGGCAAGUGAGCGGACUCUUAGGCGAAGCGGCGUUUUUCACGAAUUUUCAGAGAGGUGGUGGUGGGGGGGGGGGGGCCCACUUUCGCCCAUAAGACAUCGUCAGCGUGAGAGCCCCUCCGGAUGACGAUCAUGUGAGAUGUUUUGACAUGUUGUGUAUUGUCCGGGGCCGCACUCAAGUCCACCAGGGGCCUUGCAACGAAGAACCCUGGGCCAGAGGAAUGGAAGUGUGUGAGGUGCUUGCGUGACAGGUGGAAGUGCGUCUGAAAGAACGAGGGUGGGUAUAUUGUGCACAGCAUGAAAUGUUUGGUUGGAGAACCGAUACAAAUUACAAGCUGUAACGUUUUUUUUUUGGGGGGGGGGGAGAUUUUGUUGUUGAAAAAGCCCUCCUGGAGGUGAAAUACUGACGUGUGCGCCAGUUUAGCACGUCGAUUUGUAAUGGACAUUGUCGCCCUUGCGAGACUUGUGAUUGCUGUCGCGUUACAUUUGGAUUUGCGUUUAAAUUGGCUGAAGUCCACAUCCGAUAACUUAAACCGUCACGUGACGAGCCUCGCUCUUAACGCAGAGCGAGUUGGAAAGGCGUUGGCUCAAGAGUUCGCUCGAACGAAUCUCGGAGGUAGCUCUGCGUUAUCCGGUUCUGCGGGUCAUCCUCCCAGCGCAAGGGGUCGCUCUGCGAGAGAUCCGAUGGAUACUGACAUGGCACCGGUUGUGCAAUCGGGAUAACAUUGGGGGGGGGGAAGUGAUAAAAAUAAUAACACAUCGUGAUGCACCCCACACCUGAGCUAGCCCGGUAUUUCAUGGACUCGCUGUGAAUGCAAUCAAAACCACGCAGCCCUCGUGCACAGAUCUACGCUGGCAAUUACGAAAACUCGCGACGUUCGCUGCCAUAAGCACAGCCUGAAUCAUUGGCCAUGAUCAUCAUCAUCACAGCUGGGUGAAGGGGCCUCCCUCAUGGCCAUCGUAAAUUGUUGUACGAUGCCACAACCCACUUGGUCGCGGCGCGUGAGUUUGUCCUCAUAGUUCCUUGUCCACAGUGGUUGACCUCUUGAACGUGUCAUCUCCUCCGGCUUCCAUUCGUCACUGACUAUAUCCCCUUCCAGCGACGCGCAUUUCCGACAACUUGACUGAAAGUCGAUUAAAUUAAUUACUUUUGUUUUUGUGCGUUGGUGUUGCCCUGUCGGUCUAUUUUUCUGCACUUGCCAUCAUUUGUCGUAGCACCUUUGCCAAUGUUCAUGUUUCUGAUCGAUGCAUCAUAGUGGGGGAGUGCACUGAUUUAAUACUUGAGGCUUCUGGCACAUUUCCAUGUUGCUUUUCACGACUCCAAAGUGACUAGUCAGCUUUCAUUCACCCCCCCCCCCCGGGUCUGCUUGCAGUUUGCCCCCCUUGGUGUAAAUAUAUUAUACGUUUUGAUUUAAAGCUUUCGUGACUGCAGGGAUUCAUAUUCUUGGUUCUUUCGGUAAAGUCACGAUUCCCUUCUACGUGACUUUACCGAAAGAACCAAGACUAUAUAUGAUACGUUGUUCGACGUGCCUCGUAACAAUUACUUUUGUUUGUAUAGUACUGCCUUAUAACGGAGACAUUCACAAUAUUUUAGAAUAUAAUUGAGAACAGUUAAUAUUUUUUUUGACAUAGCAGAAAUUAAGUCCCGGAUUCUGCACCGUUACUGCUACAGCAGUGCACUGCAUUCUAAGGUUGGCUCGUGAUUUUGAGCGGUGUUUUCAUUCGACCUUUUGUGUUGAUUGUAUAUAAAAUUGUAUAGCAUAAAAGUGAUAUGAAUACUAUUACAAUUGGGGGCGUUUAAUUAAAUAACGGUGUUUUUUUUAAGAGGAUCGAAAUGCCGGGAGUGCGAACCAUCCACGACUUAUCCCGGCAUUUCAAGCACGUGCUGUACGAGAGCUGUGAUAUUAGACCAUUUGAAAAAUGUGUUCCUCGACCGAUAACUAUCGGUUCGAUUACUCAAUCAAUUGAAGAUGAUUGUCUGGGCUAGGUGACGUCAUCGUCCGCAUCGAUGUGGGGGUUUCCAGCCUUCGUCAGGCCCAAGUGAGAUUGGUCACAAAACUUUUGUGGGACAAUUGUCUAAAUCUUCCCGGCUCUACGCUGCGAUCAACGCGCUGACCGGAUGGGGUGUUCCCACACUUUACCUCGCCGCAAACCUCCUACUUAACUGUGUAUAAUUUUGUUUCGAAAGACAAUGGCAUGGGCUAAUAUAAACCCUGCUGAACAUUUACGAAAAGAGCGUCUUUGUUUCGAGAAAGCUUUCAUGGUGAUACAAUGGAAUGUACAUAAUUCUCUUUGGGGAUUCACAAACGUUUUCUCUGCACUGUAUAAAAACAGCUGUGAAGUAACACAAAUGACUGUUAAAACAGUUUUGUCAUUGAUUCAUAGCAGCCAAUGUUAACCCUCUCACGGCAUACCGAUUUUUUUCAAAGCAAAAAUCGCGUCGAUUAUUUUCACUUUUCGAGCAUUGUAAUUUGAGCGGUGGAUUCGCCUUGAAAAAUAGGUGCGCUGUAAAUGUCCUUAAACAGUGGCCUACUUGCCUCUCUCUGUCUGCUAUGAAAGAUGUACGUAUUUUUAGUUGUGUGUAAACCACUGGUGAUACUAACAUUGUUUUGGACUAACACCGGGCGGUGUAUAUAUUAUUGCCUGUUCAGCAUACGCACAUUUCCUGGGCAGUAUAACAUGGAAACUGAUCGUGGCCAGUCAAGACCUAUCGGCGAAAUAAAAACGCGAUGAGCAUUUUAGUAAGCUAUACAAUUUGCUGAUUAUUACGACUCUUCUGACCUCCGGUAUCAUGAUGCACGUUUCGAAUAAAGUUGUGUAAAUGCUAGCUUCAUGAAGCAUCCGCUAUA